AUGGACCCCAGCUACAAGGCCCGGAAAGAGGCCUUUGUGUCCAACCUCGCGGGAAGCAGUAUUUCCGAUAUCAAUGCUGUCGCUCUCGUUGCACCGGCCGCGGUCUUACUUUGGUCGGCCCUGCAAUCUCGAUUAUCGUUCUUCACACCUUAUAGCCCGGCUGCGCUUCUCACGGACUUCAUCCUCAAUGUCCUCGCUAUUCUGUUUGCAACGACCGCCUACUCAUCUGCGCCCGUUCUUCUCAACAUUCUUUUGAUCACCCCGGCCGUUCUCCUUUACCUGACGCAACCUCCUCAACGCCUCCAGCAAAAGGCAAAGCCUUCCCGCAAGCUCGUCAACCAUGAUGAUCGCUCGGCGGACCAGGCAGAAGCCCUGCCCGUCCACCCUUUUCUAUCAACGUACCGCGCUGCGAUGAUGGUCAUCACCUGUGUUGCGAUAUUGGCUGUCGACUUUCGCGUGUUCCCCCGUCGUUUCGCCAAGGUUGAAAAUUGGGGCACGUCUCUGAUGGAUCUGGGCGUCGGCUCGUUUGUGUUCUCGGCCGGUGUGGUGUCGGCCCGGGCUGUUCUCAAGAGUCGUGCCUCCGCGGCUAAGAAGAAGUCGUUCAUCGGACGACUCGUUCAGUCGCUGCGCCAUUCCGUUCCUCUGCUUGUCCUGGGCCUCAUCCGUCUGUGGAGUGUGAAAGGUCUUGACUAUGCCGAGCAUGUGACCGAAUACGGAGUGCACUGGAACUUUUUCUUCACUCUGGGCUUCCUUCCUCCUUUUGUGGAGGUAUUCGACUCUUUGACCGCCCUAAUUCCAUCUUACGAAGCACUAGCGGUGAUCAUCUCCAUUGCGUACCAGAUUGCGCUCGAGUCGACCAAUCUCAAGAGCUACAUUCUCGUCUCCCCCGGGGACCAGACCUAUUGUCCAAGAACCGCGAAGGGGUGUUCUCAUUCCUGGGGUAUCUUGCAAUCUUCCUCGCCGGUCGCGGGGUAG